CGCACAGCUCGGACGGCGGUUGGUGCACGUGGCCUACCCCCGCGCGCGCGCCCAUUCGUCCACGCAUCCCGGCCGUGCGCUGCCGGAUCGGCCGCCGCGCGCGCGUGGGCCGCACCGCAACCGGCGUCGCGUCCACGUCCACGACGUCGUCGCCUCGCCCGGAGUGGGAGGGGAGGGAACAGUGAAACUUCCUUUCCUCUGCUUCCCUUUCCCCUGCUUGGCUUGGGUGCUUCUGUUUGUGCGGUUGGUUGGACUCCGCCUCCCCUCUCGCCGUCGCGCGCCGUUGCCGCGCCCCACGACUUCCGCCCCCUCCACCCACCUCCGCCCCUACAUAUACGCGCCGGCCACAACCUCGUGCCGCACCGCCUACUUUCCUAGCUGCUCCGCCCGCCGCGCGCCGCGAAGCUGCUUGCUUUCUUGGUUUGGUUGGUGGGGUUGAGGCGGGAUUCGUCGCGGGUUCCGGCGCCGGUGCACUCGAUCCGGGGGGCCAUCGCCGUGGGCGGCGAUCCCGUCUGUCUUGCCAAGCUCAGCGGCCGCGCCGGAGGCGAGGGGGAUCGGCUCCGUCCCAGUGGUUCAGCUUCCGCCACCGCCUCUGAUUCUAGGUUGUGAUGUUCGAUACUUCUGAGGUUGAACAAUUGCAAGCUGUCAGCGUCUUGUGGGUCACUGCAAUGUAUUCUGGUUGGUCAUUAGUUCAUCAUGCAUAGUUUUGAUUUUGUUCUGCGUAUGGUGCGGCGCAUCUCCAUCAGCAUGAUCUCUGUGGACGAGGAGUAGCAGUCCUCGCUCGCAAGUGUCCACCCCCUGUGGUUGCGUUCUUGUACUGGAUCAUGGCGAAAUUCCCAGCUGUCAGUCGCAGCGUGUUUAGAUUUACGAACGAAACCAUGAGGAUUGUUAUGGUAACUGUUAUCGGAGUGGUCCUUGGCUUCUUCAUUGGAAUUUCAUUCCCGUCGGUCAGCAUAACAAAGCUACACUUCCCAUCCAGCUUUGUUUCGUACAUAGAGGAGAGGAACUCUGGGCUCACGACCCAAGCUUUACUUAAUCAUGCCUGGAAUUCUGUCAGGAAUGCAAGGGAGAACACUUCCGAACCAAAUACAAACACUACUUUAAAGAUUUAUGUCCCGACAAACCCCAGGGGUGCAGAGAGGCUAGCACCAGGCAUUGUUGUGCCAGAUACCGACUUCCAUCUGCGCAGAUUGUGGGGAGACCCAAGUGAGGACCUGCCAUUCAAACCAAAGUACCUUGUGACUUUCACUGUUGGAUAUGCACAGAAAGAAAAUAUAAACAGAGCAGUGAAGAAGUUUUCUGACAAUUUUGCUAUCCUGUUAUUCCACUAUGAUGGUCGUGUGACCGAAUGGGAUGAAUUUGAGUGGUCAAAGCGAGCCAUCCAUAUCAGUGUCAGCAAACAAACUAAAUGGUGGUACGCCAAAAGAUUCUUGCACCCUGAUAUUGUGGCAGCUUACGAGUACAUAUUCAUCUGGGAUGAAGACCUUGGGGUCGAUCAUUUCAACGCAGAGGAGUACAUCAAACUUGUUAAGAAAAAUGGUCUGGAUAUCUCCCAGCCUGGCUUAGAACCUGACCGAGGACUAACUUGGCAGAUGACCAAAAGAAGAGGUGACCGAGAGGUCCACAAGGUGACAGAGGAAAGGCCAGGCUGGUGUGCUGACCCUCAUCUUCCACCUUGUGCUGCGUUUGUUGAAAUAAUGGCUCCAGUCUUCUCAAGGGAGGCAUGGCGAUGCGUAUGGCAUAUGAUUCAGAAUGAUUUGGUUCAUGGAUGGGGUCUCGACUUCGCCCUCAGGAAAUGCGUAGAGCCUGCUCAUGAGAAGAUCGGAGUCGUCGAUUCCCAGUGGAUCGUUCACCAGGUGGUUCCUUCUCUUGGGAACCAGGGCAAGGCGGAGGGCGGGAAGCCGGCAUGGGAAGGGGUGAGGGCGCGGUGCCGGAAGGAGUGGGGCAUGUUCCAGACGAGGUUGGCGGAUGCCGAGAAGGCCUACUACAAGAUGAUGGGCAUCACCCCUCCAAACUCCACACUUGUCUAGCUUAGCUGAUGACUCGUCUCGGUCCUCCUCAUCUCCAUGUUUUCUUUCGAUGGAUGACAUGACAAGCCCUGACUCCUCUACUAGGAUGAUGAAGAUGACGAUGACAACGAUGACGACGAUGAAUGUAUAGCUUUUAGAUGCAUGUAGAGUACAUGAUGGUGGUUAUGUAUCAACCAACAUUACAGUGCAGUUGUCGACUCAUGGUCCUUUCUGACUGUCGAUCUCAUGAGAGAAUUGGCUCGAGAAUUUCGAGAAACCUUGUCUUUUCGGAUUGUACCUGCAUAUAUGAUAUAUAUAUAAUACUACUGAACCAGAUCGCAUAAUAGUAAUGAGCACCAGUUAAUCAGGGGUGGUGCAUCCCCUGUUCCUUGGCCUUA